AUGAAUAAUCAGAGAUGGGUUCAUUUACCAUUGACGAUUUGUGAUGGUUUAAGAGCGUUUGGGUCUGAGGUAAGCUAUUUGUUUCCUUACCGGUCUUCGUGUUCUUCAAUGACGGCGAUAGAGAAAGAGGAAAAAAUGGUUGGGGAAAAUAGACAGGGGUCUUGUGGUGCGGUGUCUGCAUGGUGGUUGGUGGCAUUGCAGGGAGGUGAUGGAAGUGGAAGAGAUGCCGGUGGUGGUGGUGAGAGAGUGGUUGAGUUAAUCGCCGGAGACGAUGAUGAUGAGAAUGAGGAAAUUGAUGAGAUGGGUAUUAUGAAUUAA